AUGAUUGUUGUUGUAAUGCUUAACUUAUUCUCUUGUGUUUUAGGUAUAUCAGAUAUAGGUAUGAAAGCAAUCGCUACUCAUCUCCCUUAUCUGCAGUCAUUAGAUGUUUCAUAUUGUAGGAAACUAAGAGAUGAGGGGUUGUCUGCUGUGGCUCAGGGCUGUCGUGACCUGAGAAUCUUACAUCUUGUUGGCUGCAGAUUUGUGACGGAUUCAUUGUUAAGAACUCUUUCUGACAACUGCAAUAACCUAGAAGAAUUGGGUUUGCAAGGAUGCUCAAGCAUAACCGAUUCUGGUCUUGUGCUUCUUGUUCAAGGCUUUUGGAGGCUGAAGAACUUAGAUGUAAACAAAUGCAACAAUGUUGGUGAUAUAGGGGUAACUAGUGUUUCUAAAGCUUGUUCUUCUUUGAAGACAUUGAAGUUGUUGGAUUGCUAUAAUGUUGGAGAUGCAUCCAUAUUAUCCGUGGCCAACUUCUGUGGAGAUCUUCAGAAUUUAAUAAUUGGUGGUUGCCGCGACGUAUCUGACGAGUCCCUCAAGCAAUUGGCAGUUGCUUGUAGCAAUAGUCUUAAGAAUCUUCGGAUGGAUUGGUGUUUAAACAUUUCUGAUUCUUCAAUAGAGUGCAUACUUCAAAAUUGCAAGCAGCUUGAGGUGCUUGAUAUAGGUUGCUGUGAAGAGGUGACAGAUGCUGCAUUUCAGGGACUUGGAGGUGGACUCUUCGAGCUUCAUUUGAAGAUUUUGAAGGUUAGUAACUAUCCAAAGAUCACAGUAGUAGGGAUUGGCAAUCUAUUGAAGUCGUGCAACUCUCUCAAAUAUCUUGAUGUACGGUCAUGCCCUCAAGUUACUAAAGCGGAUUGUGAUCAGGCCGGAUUGCAGUUUCCUGAAACUUGUAAAGUUAACUUUACUGGGAGUUUGACUGAUCCUGAGGUGUUAUUCUAGAUUGGAAACUAAGGACUCUGGUGUUGGUGUUACAACUUUGAUUGAAUAUUUGAGAAACCUUAACUAGAUUUUAGAGAUCUCCCGUUGUGCC